GAGCCUGUGACUGGACCGGGUUUUGCGGGUAUACAGUGUAUUGGGAAAAAAGAGAGCUCUGUCCUGUUGUCCACAGAGCAGGCUGACUGUACCAGAGCCGCCUUUGCAGCCUCAGUUGAUCCGCUCUGGACUAAGGACAAACCCACAGCGAGAGUAAAGUUCACCGCCUCGUCUCGCUGGCUAUUGCUGCAUUCUCUGCGGUCUACCCAGGGCAGGGAGCCAGCCUCCGCUCACUUCGAGUUUCUUUGUUACUCGCACCGAUAUAAGUAUGAAUAAACCCCAGCGUUGGCUCGGCGUUUGUGUUAAGCUGUCGAGCCAGCAUUGAUCAUGUCGGUUCGGAUCGUGGCUCUGGGCAAUGAGAAAGCGGGCUUUGAGGACAGCCUGCAGCAGCCGGAUCUGAUCACCACCUAUUUCGGCAGACAUGCCAUUAUCCGGCACGUUGAAGAGAGGCGCUUGCUCAGCUUUGCCACCCACAUCACAUUUCCUGCCUUUGUCGAGUACCAGGCUUAUGUCUUCGGCAGAGUCCAAGUGCUGAUUCACGACUGUCCCAACUGGGAAUUAUUCGACAAUGACUGGUAUAGAUCACGGAAUGUGGUUGGGCUAGCAGACAUCAUUGUCCUAAAAUACUCCGUCAAUGACAAAACCUCAUUUCAAGAAGUGAAAGAUAAUUAUGUUCCGAUUAUUAAGCGGUUACUUAACCAAUGGACAGUUCCAGUCAUAGUUGCUGCAGUUGGUACAAGACAAAAUGAAGAAGGGCCGCCUUGCUCUUGCCCACUGUGUACAUCAGAUAAAGGGAGCUGUGUUCCUUUCUAUGAGGGAAUUGAACUGUCUAAAGAAAUUGGAGCAGCCUACUUGGAACUUCACAGUCUCAAUGACUUUUAUGUGGGGAAAUACUUUGGAGGAGUGUUGGAAUACUUUAUCAUACAGUGUUUAAAGCAGAAGUCUUCUCAAAAGAAAAAGAAAAGGAGUAGCAGACCCCACAUGAUACCACCGCCUAGACUGGGAGAACCAGUCAAGCUACCUUGUUUAAAGAUUGAGGAAUCCCGGUACCAUCGCGACUUGUUGAACCUAUACUACAGCUCUUUAUGCACAGAUGUGGUGUUCUUUUCCAAGGAUGGACAAGAGAUGGCAAGAGCUCACAGGGUUGUGCUGUGCAAUGCGAGCCAUGUCUUCAUGUUACUGUUUGGCUUGGAGAUUGUCAGUCACCCUGGUGAAUUACCUGGGAAGGUUGCUCAUAAUUUGUUUGCAAUAGACCAAGGGGACACUACAUUGAACUCCAGCCGAGCUUCACUUUAUAACAGCCAGCCAGUAAGGGUCAUCAUUUUAGACUCACUGCUGUGUGCCUGCUACUCAGAGGUGUUGAAGUUCAUUUACACAGGCACUAACUGUUGGGAGGAACUAAAAUCAGUUCUCUGGAAGAAGCUUAAAAAUCUCGAACAAGUGAAACAUGUGAUGGAAACAGUCAAACUGCUGUUCAAAUGCAAUGCUAAGACAUUUUGUUCCAGCGAUGUCAGCAAUCAAACAGCAAAAAGCAAAGGGCAGUCUCAAAGUUGUUGCUGUUCUUUAAGUCUUUUCUUUCAAAAUCCUGACUUGGCUGAUGUGACCUUUAAAGUACAAGGUGCAUCUAUCUAUGCUCAUAGAGCAGUAUUGGUAGCUCGCUGUGAGGUAAUGGCAGCAAUGUUUAGUGGAUACUAUGCUGAAACAACAGCAUGUCAGAUUCCUAUUCAAGGUGUUUCCAAAGAAACCUUUCUCUCUUUCUUGGAGUAUCUGUACACUGAUACCUGCUGCACAGCCAGCAUUCUGCAAGCCAUGGCUCUGUUAAUAUGUGCUGAAAUGUAUCAAAUACACAGACUGCAGCAGAUAUGCGAAUCAUACAUUGUCACACAGUUACAGAGCAUGCCCAGUAGACAACUUGUAUCGACCAACCUUAACAUUGUAAACUUAUAUAGCAAAGCCAAGUUCCACAAUGCGACAAGAUUGUCUACUUGGUUACUGCAUUUCAUUGCCAGCAACUACCUCAUCUUCAGCCAAAAGCUAGAGUUUCAAGACCUUUCUGAGGACGAGCAAGCAUUUGUAGAAAAUCAUAGGUGGCCUUCAAGUUCGUACUUGCAGGAGCUGACUGAGUACAGGCACCACAUUCACUCUGGGAGAUCUCGUUGUAUCCUCAUGUAA